UCAGUCAUCUCGCGCCAGCCGAGCCACGCGCACUCGCUUGUUUUACGUUCUGGGCUCGGUGAAAGAUUCUCUCUCUGCUUCGGACGCCUCUACGUUCUCACGCGUUCUCUCUCGACCACGGAUCGUCCGACGUCGUUCUAAUAACCCCGUGAAAAACGGGGGUUGAACCGUCGAUUUAGCAGCGGACCGCGCGCGGUCUCGCGGGAUCGUGCCAGCGUCUGCUCUUUUUUUUUCCUUCUCCCUCGGAUCGAGUCGGAGUCAGGAUCGCCUUGGCCUAUCAGCCCGGUCAGUGGACAGCUAGACACACGGAACCAGACCGCCUCCUCCGGACGGAAGCCACGGAACACCCCCACUUCUUCUUCUGGUCAACCUAAGCCUCCCCCACCAAGCAGCCGGAGUGGAGUGUUCCGCGGUGUAGAGUGGAAGGCACACCGGGUAGCGAGUUUCACGGGUGGAGAACCCGCGGAUACGUCGCGAUCAACCCCCCAGAAGAAUCGCCGGUAAGGUGGAGGACGUUUUUCCAUCGUUUCGAGUUGUUUGAACGCGCUGCUUUCGACGCGAAACGUUUUCCCCCUCGUACGUUUCUGCGUCUUAUCGUGAUCUCGCUCGUUUCGUCCGGUGGACGCGCGCAUACCCCACCCUCUGCGGACCAUUGCCACCACCAGUUGGCAAACAAACCCUCUCCCCACCCCCUCGGGCGUGAGUAGAGAGAGCCGAGCUAGGGAAGAGAGGACAGUGGCAUCAUCGCGCGCCGCCAAUUCUCGACUUCUCUUCGUGAAUUCGCGCUGGUACCGGGGACUUCCGGUUCCACGGCGUCGUCGAAGGGUCGCCGGAGUCGUCGUUCGUGUUGCGUCGAAUUAAGUGAUCCGUUUCGUGGAUGUCCAUCGGAUGACAGUGCAACUUGUUGGGGGAAAAAGAGAAAGAAAAAAAACAACAGGGCCAGUGCUUUUUUCUCUUCGUGGACGGUGUGCAAAUAUACGAUCGAUGUGACAAGUUUUACGUGACCAGUGUGACUCGAGGGAAUAGAUUACCGGAGACAAGCUUGGUGAUCGAUACCUGGCUCGCAACCUCAGUCGGUUCGAACUGAUCGGUGUUAACGCGAUGCCAAAGUGAUACACUCCGCCACACGAAACUUUAGACAGAGCCACCGUACUAUACGAGUGAGUGAUGAGACACGGCGACGACACGCGAUCGGGUGAAGUUUCCCUCUUCGUGUAGGAAAAUCGACGUAAGGAAGUUACGACCAACGACUAUCGUCAGACCCAUCCACCUUUCAUCGAAUUCCGGGAUCUCAUCGCCGGGAGAGCGCUACUAUGUUCACCAAACGAGAGACAAGAAGCGGAGGAAACGGAGAUACUCGUUGAGAAAGGGAGAAAUAGAGAGAGAGAGAAAGAGAGAGAAGUCGAGAAUGCAUUGAAGAGCCGGCCGAGUGAGGAGAUUCGAGAUGUCCGCCGUAACCAGCCCGUAUGGCCCCACGGAGAUGCUUUCCGACUCGGUGUACAACUACGCGACGACCCGGCGGGGGCCCGCCGAUCAGGACAGCGACUCCCAGUACGAGGGCCAGGCCCAGCUGCAGAUUACGAGCAUCCAAAAGCCGCGUAACAAACGCAAGAACUUCAAGCCGAUAAGCAGCCGGAUGGUGGAAGUGUCCGAUGAAUCUGAAAAGGAGGACGAUGAGUUGGAAGCGUUGGAGGAGAGUUCCAGUGAGAUAUUGGAAUACGAGAGGAAGACGAUGCUGUUGCCAGCGGAGGAUAGAUCGAAACAAAGGCUGAACAACAACGAGGUCAGCCCCAUGGAUCUGUCCGUUGCCACCAGGCCACCAUCUUCCGAGGCUGACGAUGACAGUGGGGAUUCACUUAGGCAUAAGUUCAUCCUGGAACAGCUCAGAUCUCAGAAACUUUACUCCCCUGGUACUGAGGCCAGGAGUCCGAACUCAGAAUCGUCGGAGAAAAGUGGAAGCGGCGUUUUGGAUACCGAAUCGGGACGAUUGGACGAUACUCCGUUCGAGGAUGAUCGAGGGCAGGAUGGUGACGGUGAGACCGAGUGCGAGGAGAGGAAACCCUUCGAAGGAAUGAGGGAGUACGCUGAAUCGACUAUGCAGGAGUUGUUGGCGAUCUACGGGCUGGCGGGAGGAGAAUUGGCCAAGUCAGUGAGCAGACAGCUACCGCCGACCUUUCUGAACCCUCCGACUGGUCAUCAGCCUCACGGGAAGGUGAAAGUGAAAGAGGAAAAGGAUGCAUCGUCAAUGGCGCCGGGAAGUCCUCCAACGCCUCCGCACACCCCCCAAAGCCCACCGCGACACAAUCCACCCCCUAGCAACCUGUCUCAAUCCUGUCAGACUUCGAAUGCCAAUUCACCAAACUUACAACAGCAACAGCAGCAGCAUCAGCAACAAGAAUCGAAUCAACAACAGCAACAGCAGCAUCAAUCGCUUCACGCGAUGGCUAACACACCCCUCAGCCAGAUCUUAGUGCAGAAUCCGGCAGUUGCUCAACUAUUGCAACAAAAUCCAGCGAUUCUGUCGCAGAAUCCGCAAUUGGCGCAGUUGUUGCAGCAAAAUCUUCAAGUUCAGAUCGGCAGCGUCCUUUUCCAGAACGUCAGGAGGGAGGAACCUGAAGAGCCGAGGGUACCGCCGACAAUAGCGAGCCUGGCGGCGAUGAAGGUGGAGGCAGCUGACCCGAAGGUUUCCGCAUUGUUGAGACAAAGCAUGUCUCCGGUUGCGGACACCUUGAUCGGUAGCUCGAAAAGCUCUGUGUCACAACCGAUAAUCGAUUACUCCCGAUACGUGAGGCGGUACACGUCGGGUCAAGAAUGCGGUAGCUCGUAUUGUAAGGAGCUCGGUUGCCGAGAGCAUUUUCACUGUCUGGACUGCAGUGGUAGGGUCUUUGUGAAAAAGGAGGAAAUGAUCAGGCAUUUCAAGUGGCACAAAAAGAGGGACGAAUCUUUGCAGCACGGGUUCAUGAGGUAUUCGCCGACGGAUGAUUGCUCGGAGAGGCAUCCGGGUCGUGCUUGCCCCCACAAUAGAAAACAGACACACUACCACUGUAUCCAUGAAAAUUGCGAUAAGGUUUACAUAUCGACAUCGGACGUGCAGAUGCACGCCAACUACCAUCGCAAGGACUCGGCUAUCAUACAAGAAGGUUUCCAGAGAUUUCGCGCUACCGAGAGCUGUGCUACCGAUCACUGUCCCUUCGUUGGCCAGCGGACCACGCACUUCCAUUGUCGCCGACCAGGUUGCCGGUUCACCUUCAAGAACAAGGCUGACAUGGACAAGCACAAAUCGUACCACAUCAAAGACGAGCAAUUAUCCCGCGACGGGUUCAAGAAAUUCAUGAAGUCCGAGGCGUGUCCCUUCGAGCAAUGUCGUUUCUCACGCGUCUGCAAUCACAUCCAUUGCAUACGACCUCAUUGCAGCUACGUUCUCCAUUCAUCCGGUCAGCUGUUUUCUCAUAAACGAAAACACGAGCGUCAUGAAACGGAAUUGGCUUACAGAAAAUACAAGCAGAUCAAUGCUGUUGGCGGUAUUCGACCGCCAGGAUCAUGGCCACCGGAUGAUCUCAGCACGCAGAGUCUCUCCUUGAGUCUUAAUGGCGAAAGCUCGAACGAGGAUAGAGGCUCGCCGUCGUAUUAUUCUUUGGAUGAUUCCUUUCAGAGUGGUAGCGACCUAGCGAUGGAUCUCACCGCGCCAACAACCGCGGUCACUGCUAGUGGAAGUUCCACAGUGACUGUGGAUCAUCAGCAUCAGCAGCAGCAACAGAGUCAGCAGCUUACUGCCACAGAACUUGCGUAUCUGGUACCUGCAACAGCCGACUGUCCCUGUCACAUAGGCAGGGAGCAUCAUCACUGCGGAUUAGAUCGCUGUGGUACAGCUCUGAAGGAUCCUCGCGAAGUCAGGGAACAUUUGAGAGAGCACGAGACUCAAGAGCGCAUCACCGAUGCCUUCUUCGAGGAAGGUGGCUGCGACGACAGUUGUCCGUAUGCCGAUAAGGAGAAACAUUAUCAUUGUAAUUGGGAGAACUGUCGCGAAGUAAUCCUUUCGACUGACAAACCCUUCCGUCGACUGCAACAUUAUAAGAUUCAUGAAUAUAGUCGACAGUUAAAUCUCUCUUGUUCUUCUCACGCUCUAUCCUCUGAUGUUACGUUAACGCACUUGACUAAUAUCGACGCGAUGUUCAGGCGGAAGAGAGGCAGGCCUCCAAAAAAUAGGGUUAUCGAAAUUUGGUCCGGCGGUGACCCAGCUACUCAUACUCACGACUCUCCACAAGCGAUCUUCACCAGUUUCAAGCUACCCAAACCUCAGACACCUAGUCUGACACCCAAUCCUAUGAUCGAAGAGAGAGAAGGAAGUAUCUCACCUUCGAACAGUCUCGGCGAACCAGAAGGAUUCUCCACCUACAACCCAGACGGUUGUCCAGAUCCGGCUUGUGUUCUCAGAUCAACGAGACACCAUCACUGCUCGCAGCUGAGGUGUCAUUUCUCCACCGAUAGACCCGACCAGCUACUGAUGCAUAGCAAAGACUUUCACGAUAACGUCGACAUACCGCCCGGCUUUGCCUUCUUCGAUAAGAUGGUAGAUUGUCGACUAGCUGGCUGUCACAGUAAUCGCGUUAAUCGGCAUUUUCACUGUACCAGGCCGAACUGCGGCUACUCCUUCGUCAGAUACUCGACGAUGGCGAUGCACGAGAAACAGCACAGUAGUCACGACGAUCGACCUGAAUGCUCGUCGAACCAAGAAUGUCAGACGCAAAUUCAACCUAUGGUUCAAGAAACGAAGCCGAGGAUUCAAGUAAAGAAUCCGGCUGAAUUAAUCGAAAAACCUGAGGAAAGCUUGGCCAGCGACAUGGAGAACAGAUCAAUUAUGGACGAAAAGGAAUCGGAGAUCCCCAGCCCAGAUGUUAAUAAGACCACCGUGGUGAGGGCGGCUGGCACCUAUUAUCCGGUCAGUGGACCGCCGAGUGAACCCGCACUUCCGGGCGUCGUGCUAUCCAUGCGAACUUCCGUGCACCAAGAGUCGCCGGUUCUUCCAUCCACGUCUUCAGCGUCGCCGCAUACCCUGUAUGGACCAGAGCAGAGCUGUAGCAGGCCUUUCUGCAAAUUAAAACGCAAAAACCAUUAUCACUGUAACGCCUGUAAUCAAGCAUUCUCCGAACUGGACCGACUGGUGGCACACAUAGCGAAACAUUCUACAGGCGCCAUACUCAGUCAACAGCAGCACGAUCUAACCAAUCAGGCGCCUAGUCAAAUGCAACACGACUAUCUGACGCAAUUAUCGCAGAAGCACGACUUUAUGGCGCAGAACGCUCAAAUGGCUCAAAAUAUUCAGAAUUUCCAGAAUCAAAUGCAACGUCAGAUGCAGCAGACUCUGGGUCAAAUUAGCCAACAGACCCAAGUGAAAGAGGUGAAAAUCGAGCCAACGAGAUGUGGCUCGGACGUGGGAGUUCAGAACGUUCCCAAUGUUAAGAGAGAACCGAGUGAAGUAUCGAGGGACGAUGGAAACAAUUCGGUGAUGGAUAACAACGAGAAUGGCCAGUUGUCUCAGCCGAGUAUGCCAACCAGUGUCCAACAAUCCCCGGUUCCCACCAGCUUCGAACUCGACCUUAGCCACGGAUUCCAUUUUCCUAACCCUGCUGUAAUGGCUGCUAUGAAUCAACAGAUAGCCCUGAUGAACCAAGCCCUGCCACCUUUCCUGCAGCAUGGUGGCAUGUACACUGGUGGACCAGGGCUGAUGUUUGCUCCAGGUUUACCUCCGACCAAUUUUCUACCUCCAACCAGAGAUGAAAAUCCUUUGGCCUCGUUAGCUGCGAAUCUUAAUCUCAACAAGAGAUCCCUGUCUCCACCUGAUAGCAAUUCUCCGGAGGCGAAGAAGCAGAGGCUUCAUCAUUCCAUGCGGAUGCUGAAGGACGAGCCUGUACCGGAGGGAUACGUCAGGUUCAGAUUCAACGAAGACUGUAGGUACCCGCACUGCGGCUACAGAGAGCACCAGACACAUUUCCAUUGCAUGCGUCAAGACUGUGGCUACUCGUUCUGCGACAAAACGCGUUUCGUUCAGCACACGGCGAGACACGAGCGUCUCGACACUCUAAUGGGCGGCGAUUUCCAACAAUAUAGAGCCAAUGUUCCCUGUGGAAGAGCACAGUGUGCCUACACCUCUUCGUUAGGCUCGAUGCAGAACAAGGCUUCGCACUUUCACUGUUUGAAAUGCGAUUUCGUCUGCACAGAUACGAACAAAGUGGUCGCUCACAGGCGACAGCAUGCGAAAUUGGACAGUAUCGCGGCGGCCGGUUUUCAGAAAUUCACGCCAAGUCAGCCUUGCGGUGGUGUCCAAUGUCAGCAUUCCGGUAAACAGACACACUACCACUGUCUUCAGUGUCAGUACGCUGUUCUGGGCCUAGCGCAGAUGUCUGCUCACAAGUAUCGACACAUGGAUACAUAACGACGUUCACCGGAGCUGCCACUCGUUGGAGAAGACUCAAGAAAGACAAUUCUCUGGUCCCCGGUAGACAUUCCUUGAAGAGUCCAGGCCCGAAGCCGAAGAAAGAGUAAGGAAGCAGCGGGGGGCUGGAUCCAGCCGAUAAAUUCGGAUCUCGCUGAUGAAAUCUGAUUACAAGAGGACCGAGGGAGGAGUAAACUAAAAAAGACAAUUUCAUGCACCCUGUAGACAUUCCCUGCAGAAUUUCGCUCGCGAUUGUCCAUGCCCGAUACGCACAACGCGUAUGUACGUUUGUUCGUCGAGGCUGGAUGAUUAGGAGCAGACCCCGACCGCGGCCUAGUCAUUAAUCUUCAGCCGUUCUAUCGACCAGGAGAAAUCGAUAGCUCUUGGCGGCGUGUGUGUCUUCUCGUUCGGAUCGAAACAGCAUAUGUAUAUAUACAUAUAUAUAUACAUAUAUAUAUCGGUCGAUGCAUCGAAUGGAACUGUUCAGUCAAACUCGAUGACUUCGUACUUACCAGAGGAGAUAUUUAUUAACUGAAUGACGAUCAUUUUUUUUUUUUUUUAAUAUUUUCACGAUCCUUCUCGAAUCGUCUCGGCGAUGGGCGAAGAAGUGGAGAAGAAUUUUUGAAGAAUUUUGAAUGAAUUUCGUGUCACAGAAUGAUUUCGUGAUGAAAGAGAUCUAUGGAACGACGGAAGAAACCUGGCAUAGAACCGUAGACAAUAAACAUGAACGACAUGUCUAUCUUAUAGCUUUAGAUCGCGAGGAUAAAAGACAAACUAUAAUAUUUAAAAUAGAAAAA